ACUGACAGCAAUAUGAGUACAGCUCUGCCGCCACUCCAGGCCAGGCAUCCGCCGAAGUUUCGCCGAAGACAUGGCAGCGAUCGUAUGCAAGACAAUCAGAUUGUGUCCCCGUCUUCGUGUUCAGAGCACUCGCCAUCCUAUGAGAUGAUUGGAUCCGAUUUUAACAAUCAUUUACAACAACACCAACAAAAGCCAACUAUAGUUCCUAACAAUGCUAUGCAUACUAACCCACAUGACAUGUCAUCCAAUUAUUUCUCGUAUAAUAAGCCGAUAUUUCAAGAGACAAAUAAACCACAGAUCGUGAGCACCGAUACCAACAAAAGUCAAUUGUCUUCUCCGACGUCAAGCAAAGACUCGUUUAAUUUGCGUUCAUUUGCGAUGAGAUUGGAUGCAAGAGAUACGCCAAUAGUUUAGAAGAAAGAAAUGUCGUGUAAAUUGUUGCGAAAGAAUAUAUGGAUUAAAACUAAAC